AUGAAUCCGCACCAACAGAACAAGGUGGACAUCAACUCUCUGAGCCCAGACGAGCAGCGUCUUCUCCGUCUGUAUGGCAAGAUGCCCACCAAGAAAGACCUCCUCCAGAACAAGCUCAAGGAACGCAAAUACUUUGACUCGGGCGAUUACGCCCUCAGCAAAGCCGGCAAAGCCUCCGACGUAGGCGUCACCAACAUCGGGUCGCGCCACCCGGUCCCCGAGAACAUCCCCCACCUGACCGCGACCUCGCCGGGUGCGAACAACCCGGCCGCAACGAGCGGCAACGGCGGCAGUAUCAGCGCGCAAGGAGGCCAGCAGAUCCCCGGCAGCAUGAGUGGGCACCCGGGCUCCGUCGGGUUCCAGAGCCGCAGUCCCGUGAAGGAGGGCAGCUUCCUGCACCGCAAGUCGAGUGCGGGCGAGGGUGAGACCUCCCCCACGGCCCAGGACAAGGAUGGCAAUGAGCCGAGUGUGAGUCCCCCACCUGCGAGGGAGGGUGUGCCCAUCCGCCGGUGA